AUGAAGCAAGGAUGUAUCAUUGUUGUUGUCUGCCCGCUGAAAAGUAUAUCCAGCGAUCAAAUCAAGGAAGCCAUAUCUAUGGGAAUUACAGCCACCUCUUUAUCCGAAUCUCUUGAAGAUGUUGCUAAUGGGAAGUUCCAGCUUGUAUUUGCGUCAGCCGAGGAAGUUUUAGACAAAGAGUUUACCAAAGUUUUGAAGUGCAAGAGUAAGCUCCUUCACAAGAACCUUGCAGCUUUAGUCGUAGAUGAAUGCCACACGGUCAAAACUUGGACUGGCAAGAGAUCAACGACAAAGUGGAAAAAAAGUAUCGCAGCUUUCCGUGCAAGCUUUGGGAAACUAGCAGUUCUUCAUUCUUUGUGUAAACAAGGCACUCCAGUUGCUGCACUUACUGGCACUGCAGAUGAAAAAACAAGAUCCACUGUUAAAGAAACAUUGGCAUUGAAGAAAGACUUUUUGACUGUUUAUGUGAGUCCUAAUCGGACAAACCUCACAUUCUCAGUACAGAAAGUGAACUAG